AUGGAGCUUAGUGAUUUUGAUGAAGAUGAGUACGAAUCUCUGUACCAGAAAAACAUCAAUAAAAGUGUGAAAGAAACAGUAAUACGAACUUCAGUACCUGUGCAAAGAGAUCUGUUUAAUAAUGUACUUCCAGGCCAACAAGCGUUUUAUGAAGAAAUUCGACGUGAUGUAACAUUUGGAAGAACACAUCACGAAUUUAAUGAUUCCUCAUUGCAUGACUAUAUCUAUCCAACAAACUUUGAAGUCAGAGAUUACCAAUUUGAUAUUGUGAAAAAAGCUCUAUUUACAAAUCUACUAUGUGCCAUACCGACAGGUAUGGGUAAGACGUUUAUUGCUAGUACCGUAAUGUUGAAUUUCUUUAGAUGGACCAAAACGGGUAAAGUUAUCUUCAUGGCCCCAACUAGGCCACUGGUAGCACAACAGAUUAAAGCAUGUCUUGGUGUAUCUGGUAUACCGAGUAGUGCAACUGCUAUUUUACUAGAUAAGACUAGACGUAAUAGAGAAGAUAUCUGGAAAGAGAAGAGAGUGUUUUUCACCACCCCACAAGUGGUAGAGAACGAUUUAAAGAGAGGGGUGUUGAACCCAAAGGAUAUUGUUUGUUUGGUAGUGGAUGAAGCACAUCGUGCGACUGGUUCUUAUGCAUACACAAAUGUUGUUCAAUUCAUCAACAGAUUCAACACAUCCUAUAGAAUAUUGGCACUGACUGCCACGCCUGGUUCGACAUUAGAAAACGUUCAAGAAGUAGUUAACAACUUAACCAUAUCAACUAUUGAAAUUAGGACCGAAGAGAGUGAAGAUAUUGUGAAAUAUAUGAAACAUAAAGAAAGGGAAGAGGUUAGGAUUGAACUAACUCCAGAAAUUGAGGAUAUAAUCGAACAGUUAGGUAUAGCAAUUACACCUAUAUUGAAACAAGCAGUUGAGUUAGGAAUCUAUGAGGAAUGUGAACCAACAAGAAUUAAUGCGUUCGUAGCGAUGCAACAGAGUCAGAAGAUUAUCGCCAAUCCGGGUAUCCCUGAAGGUAUUAAAUGGAGAAAUUUCUUUAUUUUACAACUAUUAAACCAUUUUGGUCAAAUGUUGAAAAGAAUCAAGAUAUAUGGUAUUAGAACGUUCUACAAUUAUUUUAAAAAUAAGUAUAGCGAAUUUACCACUAAAUACAAUAUGGGUAAAUCCACGAACAAGAUUGCAGCAUCGUUCUAUUUUCAUCCUCUUUUGAAAGUGAUGAUGAAAACUUGUGAUGGAAUGGUAGCGAAUCCACAAUUCCUUGGGCAUGGUAAGCUGGAACGUGUUAGGGAAGAAUUGGAAAUGUUUUUCAUAGGAAGUGAUCCAACUUCAAGAAUAAUUAUAUUUACAGAGUUAAGAGAAAGUGCCUUGGAGAUUGUUCGAUGUGUAGAUUCCAUGAGUAACUCCGAUAUUCGACCUCAUAUUUUUAUAGGUCAAUCGAGGGGUAAAGAAGGAUUUGACGAAGUUGAAUUUACUCGUAAACAUAAAGCAAAAGGUAGAAAGAAAGCAGAUCGUUUGAGUCGACAAGCAGAACAAGAAAUGCUUGAAGCCAAAAAGAAGGAAGAAAAAGAGAAAGAGAAGCAUGAAAGAAGCGCCAGGCGUACGGCCAGUUCUGAAGAAGCUCAGAUUAAUGGGAUGAAUCAGAAGCAGCAGAAAGAUGUUAUAAGAAGAUUCAAAGCUGGUGAGUUUAAUGUCUUGGUAUGUACGUCUAUUGGUGAAGAAGGUUUAGAUAUUGGUGAAGUCGAUUGUAUUAUUUGUUACGACACUACAAGUAGUCCGAUCAAGAAUAUUCAACGUAUGGGUAGAACAGGUAGAAAGAGAGACGGUCGUAUUGUUUUAUUAUUUUCUAGUAAUGAAUCAUUUAAAUUCCAACAAGCCAUGGAAGACUAUAUCAGUUUACAGAAGAUGAUAAGUCAGGAUUAUAUUGACUAUAAGGAAUCGGAUCGUAUCAUUCCAAAGGAUAUUGAACCAGAAUGUGUCAAGAAAUUUAUGAUGAUUAAUGAAUCAGAUGAAACUGUGAAUAACAUGGAAGAUACAGAUGAUCUUAUCCUGUAUGCUACUCAAUGUAUGUUAGGUAAAAAGGCAACAAAGAAAACGAAAAAGGCCACUAAAAAAGUAACUAAAAAGCAAACAAAGGCUACACCUAAACAAUUUUUCAUGCCAGAUAAUGUUCAGACAGGUAUUGUACCAGCAGGAAACCUUGUUAACAAAUAUGUUGAUAACGGUUCUGGUGAAUUAUCCUUGGUGAAAAAAGAAAUUUCUCCUGAGGCAAGAUCACCUACAAUGUUAGAUAAGAUCGGCGAUACUUCGUCAUCAUCAGGUAUAUCUGAUAAUGACGAAGAUAAUUUUGUACAAAGGAAGAAGGCAAAGGUGUCAACUCCGACAGGAUCAAUACCGCAAGAUGAGCCGCUUAUCUUAGUCAAUAAACCUAAUAUAAAAUCAGUUAAGAAUGAACCAACAUUGGUCCCCAUUCUUUCGGACGUUAAGACAAAUACAUCUAGAUUACAACAAAACAAUACUGAGAGAGUACUUUCCGUCGAUCGGAAGUUACCAAGCAAUAAACAUAAUUCAGCCAGCAGGAAUAACUCAACUAAUGAAACGAAAAAUGGGUUUCUCACACCUGAUGAGCACAGAUAUUUUAAAGAACAUUAUAAGCCUGACAGCUCUCUCUCUAUGGAUCUUAUACCAAAUUUUGAUAGCUAUACAAAGACAUCAAAGAUCCCCCAUUCUACUUCUAACGCAAUCAUUAUUAAACUAUUUUCUGAUCUUCGCACUAAUAACGUUGCCCGAACCAUCGAUAUGAAUAGAACAAAUUGCAUUGCAAAAGCUCUACGCAGUUCUAACCAAAGUUUCAAUACAUCUGUGAGCUCUGACAUGUCCUUAAGAAGCCAUAUAGCAUCAAUGUCGCAGUCAACACAAACCCGAGAAGAAAUACCAGAUCUUUCUAACGAAAAGGUCCUGGACGAUAUACUUGGUUCAGAUUCAGACUUUUAA